AUGAAAACUGAUUUUCGAAAAAACGAAUCUUCAGAAUUUUGUUGCAUAAAGACCGAAGGCUUGAAGCUUCUUCAGGUGAUUUGUUUACUCAGUAAGCGUUUUUUCGUAUUAUUCUUGGCGAUAACACGUCGUAUGUUGAGUAAUGUAUAAUAUAUGGGAGAGGAACGAUUUUUGUGGGUUUUAUUGUAGGGCAAGUAGGGUAGGGUAGGAUAGGGUAGGGUAGGGCAGGGUAGGGUGGGGUAGGGAUGGGUAGGGUAGGGUAGGGUAGGGUAGGUAGGGUAGGGUAAAGUAUAUAUCUCGUACUUCGAGUAUUAAAAUAACUUUUUUACUAUCCAGGUUACAAUAAUCCUAUUUUCAGUUAUGAAGUCACAUGUUACAGUAACCUUGUUGUUGUUACCUACAUUAAUAUCAGCUCAAAUAGCUGGAGCUCCUUUUGAUUGUCGUCGAUUCAAUUCACAAUAUUGUUGUUCAAGCCGGAUACGUGAAAGUUGUCCACAAUUGUGCAAAAAUUCGCCUUGCAAUCGACCGAAACGUAAGUCGAACGGAAUGUCAAUAUUGAUUUUUUAUUAAUUUAUUUUUUAAAAUUGUUUUUUUUAAUAUUUUUUUUGUUUUAUGACAAACUUCUACAAAAGUUAUCGAUUUUUUGACGAAAUGUCACAAAGAUUAUCGACUUUUCAAAAAAACUGCUAUUUUUAAAAUUACAGCAUUCGUGGCCAACUUCCUUACCCAACUGCCUCCAAUGUCUCAAGCAGCCGGUUUUGGACUACCUUUCCCCAAUCCAGAUGCUCCAGAACAACCACCGCCAGCUUUGUGGGGCCAACCACCUCCACCUCGACCAUCACAAGGACCUCACGACGGUCAUUCGAGACCAUCAGGUCUGAACCGUCACUUGAGUCGUCAGCCUGACCCUCAGCCUCCGCCUGGUUUGGUUUUGCCACCGGCAGGUAGUCCGUUAUCAGUUGGCGCACCUGAAGUGGACCAUGUGAACCAACAGUCUCAGAACUGGCAAAAGCCCCACACUGGGGAAAAUGGACCAAGUGGACCAUCAAUUCAUGCAUCGUCUGGUGGAUUUGGCCAUAGUUUGGAAAAUAAACCUAAUGGUGCUGGUUUUGGCCAAAUGGUACCAGUUGAAGUGACGGCUAGUCCUAUUCAGACUGGGUUUCCAACUUUGAUUAACCAAAACUUUGAAACUACAGUAAUCCCACAGUUUGGGCCGGUUUCUCAUGGUGGAUCUUGGGCUGAAGAAACUGGUGCAACAGGUACUGAUGUUGGAAAACCUAGUCCUAUUGAAGCUCAAGUGGAUUCAAGUGGUACUAUUAGUACUAAAAUAGGAUCUAAUGGUCAAACUGUACCACAAAAUGGUCACUCUGCGCCAUCUCCAACUGGUGCUCAAACAGGAGAAGCUGCUUUAAAUGGUCCUACUGGUCCCACAAACCCCACAAGUUGGCCUAGCCACACAGCCAUGCCACCUUCAGCUGUACCAACCUCUGAAUGGACUAGUCAAGAACUCACACCUUGGAACAACGGUGCAAAAGUAGAGGGUCAAGAUCAGAAAAGUUCAGAACGACGCGAUUCGAGCUCAAAACCUGGCAGUACCAACAAGAACAGCGGUGUAAUAGUACCACCGAGUGGUACCGAAGAACUGGUACAACUUGGAGAAGAUGCAGAAGUUCAAACCAUAGAAAAACUAGCGACGUCGAAUCAUUUUGGCAGCAUUCAAGAUGGUAUUGCACAGAGUAUAUUGGUCGGAGGUAAGUUUUUUGUUUUUAGGCUUAUUAUAAUAGAAAUUUUGGCUCAAAUGACAUUUUUUAAUCAUAGUAACUUUUAUAAUAGUCAAACUUGAACAAUAUUUUGAAAAAACUUUAUUAAUAGCUUCAACUUUCUUUCCCUUAUUUCAGUUUUUUUAAAUCUCAAAAAUCAUGUUUUCGUGGUGAGACGCAAAGCAUAGACAUUUUUAAUGCAAUGUUACAUUUUAAAUAGCCAAAAUCAAACUAUAGUGCCCUAAAACAUUACUAAUAGCAUUAGCAUUCAUUCCCUUAUCUCAGUUUCUAAAAAAUUAAAAAAUUAGGUUUUUAUGGUGGGAUUGGAAUCAUGGACCUUUUUAAGCCAAAGAGUUAUUUAAAAUAGUCAAAAUCAAGCUAUAUUUUAUAAAUACGCUAAAAAAAGACAUUGGUAUUUGUUUUCUUCUUUUAAUUUUUGAGAAAUUUCGAAAAUUAUGUUUUCGUGGUGGAACCCAUUUUCUCAUUUAAAACUCGGAAAAAAGUGCAUGUUUUGAUAAGACCAUGUAGAAAAUGAAUUUUUUAAAGAAUUUUUUAAAAUUUGCACAGUUGAUUUUUAAAAAUUUUUUAUUUUAUGUCUUUAAAAUUCGCUUUUUAGCCUCCCGCCCAGAGCACGUCACAUCCGCACCUCACGCUCGUACCACACGUCCCGAACCCGAUGGUCAUGUUCCAUGGUCGUUCAAAAUCAAACCAAGCUCAGUUCAAACCUUUAGUGAGCGGGACUUGCCAUUGCCAGAAGAUAAAGACGAGUUCGUGGAUUUGACGGAGCGAAAAAGCACGCCAAAACCGAGUGGUUUGGUGGCUAAAAACAACUCUAUUAGUCCAGGAGGUGGUGGAUUGUUUAGCGAAGGAAGUGAGUUGAGAUUUAAAGGUUAUUUCUUAACAUGUCCAGGCUAUUUAAACUAAAAUUUUUUAAAUUUGCACUAGUUUUGAGCUUUUAAAUUAAUAAUGAUGACUUAAAAAAGCUAUUUUUGGUUAAAAGUAGGCUUUUUUGGCUAAUAACUUACAAGGAAGGUACCCGACCUGCAACGCUCAGAUUUCGUUCAAAAUUUUUUAAUUGAAAGAACAUGUAAAUGUAAGAUCUUUUGCAAACUUCUAAGUCGCGGUUUGAGAGUUGAGAAAAACGAGAUCAAAAAUCGCGUUUUAAAUUCCCCGCCAAAUUGGCGUAGUGUUUCAAGCUUAUAACUUUCUCAUUUUUUGAAUUUUAACUAUUUUUUUAAAAUAUGUUGAUAGAAAAGCUUCAAAUGAACCUGCAAUUUUAAAUUUGUAAGUUUAUCUUGUCUGGAACAUCAAAAAAAGUGCUUGCAACACUAUGCCAAAUUUGCUAAAUUGGCGGGAAAUUUAAAUAUAGUAAAUUUAAAACUUAAAACCGCAAGCUAAGAUUUUUUAUAUGUGCUACUGGUACUACAAAGAAUCCGUAUAAAAAUUUUGAGCUAAUUCUGAGAGUUGCAUGUUGGGUACUUUCCUUGUUAGUCUAAUCUUAACAUUUUUGCUUGAUAUAUUACGUCAAAUUACUAAAGACUAUUCUACAUCUUAAUGUGACAAUGAUAGAACAUUUUUCUUUUGUUAAACUACUGUAAUUUCAUGGCAAACAUAAGUGGUCUUUAACUUUUUAGCCAUUUUUAAUGAAUUUUCAGAAAAAAGUCUUGACUGUCAUUUCAAAUGUGAACAUUUUUUUUGAAAUUUUGCAUCAAAUAACUUUAGGCUAUCCUACAUCUUACUGUAACAUUAAUAAAUUGUUUUUCUUUCGAUUGACUUCUGCAAUUUGGUUGUAAAAUUGUAAAUCUCGAGGUUUUGAGGCUUUUUUCGUUCAAAUUUUUGAAAACAGUUUUGAUUGUCAUUUUCAAUGUUAAUAUUUGUACAUGAAAUCUUACAUCAAGUAACUUUAGACUAUAUUAAUUCUUACUGUAACAUUUAUAAGUCGUUUUUCUUUUGUUAGACUACUGUAUUUUCUUAUCAAACAUAAGUGAUCUAACGAAGUUUAAGCUAUUUUCUUAAAAUUUUUUGAAAAAGGUUAUGUUUGUCAGUUUCAAUGUUUACAUUUUAACGUGAAAUUUUACGUCAGAUAACUUUGGACUGUCCUACAUUUUACUGUAACAAUCGUAAGCCGCUUUUCGUUUGUUAGAUUACUGUAAUAUUUGGUUAAACUUGAGCUGCCUUUACAUUUCAAGGCUUUUUUGCUAACGAAAGUCAUGCCAUUUUUAACUAAAGCUAACAUGACAUUUUUAACUAAAACUAUAACAUUUUACCUAAAGCUAUGACAUUUUUGCACUAACAUUUUGAUCUUGGUGUAGAGUUUAACGUGGUGGUGGAUGCACUUUUUUCCCAACGUACUAUCGAGGCCAUUUCCAAUAUCACAGGGAUUCGGCCGCGCAAAGGGCCUAAGGCUAUUACGACCAGACCAAUCAAUUCGACCGAAAGAUCUGGACAAACCUCGCAUUUCUUGACCGGACAUAGUACUGUAGACUCUUUGGGUCAUACUGUAGGAUCCUUUGGUCAUAAUGGAGGUUCUGGUGGUCAUACUGUAGGAUCACUGGGUCAUACGGUAACGAAUCAUACUGUACCAACCACAACUUUGGCUACAGUUUUACAUGGCCAUAUGGGACAGUGUGGUACAGCUCCGGACUUCAAACCAUGUGUUGGACUGGCAGAAGCCAACAGCCGGCUGCAAGCCUGUUGCCGAGCCAAAAAGAUGCCCGAUGGCUGCUUACCGUUAUGUCGAUUUGAUACGACUCAACAGGAGGUGGGUUUUGAAAUGUUUUGCUUAAAGAAUGUGCUUAAGAUAUACUUUUUUUGGUAGUUAAGGAAAAAAUACACUUUUUUUAACGAAAAUGGGACCCACUACGAAAACAUGAUUAUUAAGGUUUUUUUUAAAAAUACAUGAUGGCAUUGAAAGACAAGGUUAUUUCUAAUGUUUGUAAGAUAUAUUUUUUGAAUUUAACUAUUUUAUGUGUCAUUAUGGUAUCAAAAAUGGUUGUCAGUUGGGUACCAUCACGAAAACAUGAUUAUCAAAAUUUUUGAAAAAAUACUUAAUAACAUAGUAAGACGAGAUCAUUUUUAGUGUUUUUGUAAAAUAUUUUUUGAUUUCAACUAUUUUAAAUCUUAUUAUGACAUAAAAUUUUUUCCAGUUAGGUCUCACUACGAAAACAUGAAAAAUAAGAUUUUUGAAAAGUUACAUAAUACAAUUGAAAUAAAAGGUUAUUUUUAGUGUUUUUGUUAAAUAUUUUUUGAUUUCGACUAUUUUAAAUGUCAGUUUCAUUUAAAAAUGGCAUAUAAACUGAAAAUCUUGCAAAUUUAAAAAAAAUUUUGAUAUUUUAAGUGACAGCUUUCAGAAACUAUAACUGUAAAACAUGCUAAAUUAUGUCUUUUCCAAUAUUUUAUUACCCAAUAAUCAUUGCCACUUUUAGAUAAAACGUCAAUUCGAUGCGGGAAAGUGUGGCAUCUUGAAUGUGGCGCCCUUUUUGGAAUGUGCAUCGCAACAACAAGACAACCGUGAAUGUUGUCGGGCCAAUAACUUGGCCGCGAAGAGCGGGCCACAAUGUGAAGUGUUUUGUCAUCCACGAGACGGGCUGGGCUCGUUAGGACUACAACAUUUGGCUUGUCAAAGUGUGAUCAGUGACUUGUUGAAGUGCCAUCAUGCUGGGAUCAAGGCUUGA